CACACACGCACAUGUGUCUUGAGCUAAAAAAAUGCCUCUACCCACUUCGGAAAUCGAACGCCUCUUUCCCGCAUCCCCUGCCGUUCCCGCUCCGCCUUUCUCACUUCGCACAACAACAGCUCCGGCCAAUAUCCCACUCCUCUGUGUUUCCCUCACCUCACGAACCCACGACCGACCUCCAUCUUUAUCAUCGGUCGAUUCUCCAAGUACAAGGAACGAAGACCGGCCUCCAUCUCUAUCCUCGGUCCGUCUUCAAACACUGUGGGAGCUUGCCUCACCCAAACCCAGAGUGGCAAACAUGGUGCGAACCAGCCUCUCUGAAAUGGCCGAACGGUUCGACGUUCGAGUAGUAGGUGUUUGUGAGGUGUUAUUUAAGAUUACAGAAAGUUGCAGAGUUACACCAUGAACUUAAUCAACAGGGCCAAAAUCACUUUGCUCCUCUAGCCGAUGCUUCUGAUCGUUUUCAACAUGCCCAAAACGAUAGCCCUCAACAUGACAUUAAGUUUUGUACAAGGUUGUAACUUGAAUGUCAAACUUUAAUGCAUCUGUAUUUUGUAAACAUUUCCUCUAUUUGUAUAAACACUUGUAAGUUUAUGUAAUGGAAUGUGUUUGUGGUAACAUAUUGUAUGUUAAUGGAAUGUGUCUAUGUCCAUCGACAAUAAUAGGUGUG